CAACACAAAGAAGCAGAAAAAGAGGAAGCAAAGAAGACUCCUGUCAGCUUUCCCACAGCUGGAAGUGGAAACGCUUUAUUUUAUUUUAUUUUAUUUUUUCCCCCAGGAAUGUGAGCUGCAGUUUGACAGAAACGUCCGCCAGGAAAUGGACGAGAUUCGUCCAUUAUUGGACCACCAGCCCCAGGAUGGCCCUGAACUUCUGUCUCCAAACCUGAGGCCAAGACACCAGGAGCUGAUACCCACGCCAUGUGGUCCGAUAAAGGCUUGGUCUGAGCUCUCCUGUCAGCUGAAGCUCUACUUCUGCUUCACCAUAGCAUCUUUGUUGGCGCUGCUCGGCCUCACGCUGGCCAACAUCUACGAUGAACGCACCGCCACAGACGUUUGUGACAAGGAUGACUUUACUGUGUCCCUCAUCCAGAUGGUCGGAAUCUUGUUCUGCAUCUACUACAUCAGCCGCGGCGUCCUGCAGGAGAACAGACAGGAGCUGGUGGUCUUCAUGCUCACUGUGCUCGUUGUCAUGGUUCGAUCUGUGGUCAACUUCACUGUGCUUUCGGCCCAGGGCAAGCAGGAGCUGAUGGCCCGAUUUGUGUGCAUCAUGGGUCUGGGCACGGUUCACGUCUUCUGCACCGUGCUCCUCAUUCAGAGGCCCAACAUGAUGGCCUUCCGUGUGGGCGGUGCUCUGGAGAGCCUUCAGGAGCAGUACUUCUUGCUCAACCUGUGCUUCUCGAUGGUGACCUUUGACCUGCAAGCUCAGGUAAGGAAGGAUUUCUUUAAUGUUUACACGUCUUUGCAUCUCUGGUUCUGCCAGGGUACGUGAACCCUGGUCCUCGAC